UGCGACACGGCAGGCCUCAGCGUAGUACAGUCCUGCGUACAGAAGCUGGAGAUGGGUGAGUCGCCGCUGAGGCCCCUGGUAUCACAGUAUUUUAACAACAAGUGACGAAUUUAAUCACUUGUAGCACGUUCUUGCCACGGAGACUCCGUGUUUGUUUCACGGCGUUUUGUUUUUGACCCACUGGCGCUGGUUAGCUUCGACGCUAACAGGCUAAUGAUAGCGGAGAGCGGAGGCAGGCCCGGCGAAGAGUGUGUUUUUGUCAGGUAGACUGUUGUAGACAGAUGUCACCGGUAAAACUUUACAGCUACAGCAACAAACUGCAACACAACCCCGCGCCAUUAGUCCAUUUCGUUUAAAAUCUACCGUUUUCAGUAAUUCGGUGCGAAUCAGCAUAGCCCAUAAGCUAAUUCCAUUAUAAUCAUGACUUCCAGGAGGACAGGCUAUGCUGGUAGUAUGGAUUCCUCUCCGUCACACAGCGGCGGCUCUGUCCACAGUGGGAAUCGUAAACAAAGUAUAAUCAACAUUUCCGACAGGAGCGGAGCAGAAGCUUGUCAUGACCUCAAAGCUGAGAAGGCUCUUGGAUACGGAGCCUCGCAGGGCAACAUGACUGUGACGUCCCUGAAAUCACGUCUGGCUCCAACCAUUCAGACUGCCAUGUCCGCUGCAGUGGACACUCUGCUGGGGGAGGUGGUCCUUGUGCUCAAUGAGACUCAGCAGGAGCUACUCCACAAGGAGCAGGAGAACGAACGACUCAAAGUGAGACUUGAAGUGUCAGAGAGGGAGCUGAAAACUCUGCAGGAAUGUCUGUGCAGUGCACAGAAGCUCAUAGAUCAGCUGCAGAUCUCAUACUCGGGCCCUCAGUCGAUUAGUCAGUCAGUCUUUGCUCCGUCUCUGUCUUCCAUGGCAUCCCUGUCCUCAGGCCUGGAUCGAGACCAUCAAAACUCCCGGAACGUGAACGGAGCUGGUGUUGAUUUGGGUCUCAGCGGCUCUGUGGAUGAAUCUCUUCACGGCUUUGAGCCGCGAGACGAUUACAAAAUGUGCCAACUUUCAAUCCAACCAGAUGGCUCUGUGACGAACCACGCUCUGGACUCCUUUGCAUCCAACACGUCUCACAUGUGCUCCGAUUCCAGCAGACCAGAUGAGAGGCAGUCUCAGGGACCAGGUGGACCAUCCAGGUUUGAGAUCAAAGAGGAGCAGGGACAAGCUUCAGUCGCUGGUCAGCCCAGCAGGAAGGAGUCUGGGAUGCGUGAUGACAACCGAGUCGGGGAGGGAGAACGAUCGUGUCACAGUGUGGGUGACCUUGGUUAUGUUCAAGUAGGGGAGGGAAGUUCUCAGCGUUCGUUUACUCACCCAUUGCGGCACCAAAGGCCCGUACGAGAAUGUAGCGAUGCUUUGCAGCAGGCUGGACUCGAUAGACAGAAAGUGAUGGCUAGGACUUCUGGACCUGGGAGAGGAAUCAGCGUUUCACCAGGCAGAGCAGAGGAGUCCGCAGGACCUUCAGCCUCUGACACAGCAGUGGAGCCCUCUAGUGAUCGACCGCAUCACUGCUUGGAGUGUGGAAAGACUUUCCGCUUGAUUUCCAGCCUGAAGAAACACAUCCGCAUCCACACAGGAGAGAAGCCCUACCCGUGUGCAGUCUGUGGCCGCCGCUUCCGCGAGUCGGGAGCUCUUAAAACGCACUUGCGUAUACACACAGGUGAGAAGCCGUACUCGUGCUCCGAGUGUGGAAACAGUUUCCGCCAUUUGGACGGUUUGCGCAAACACCGGCGCACACACACCGGAGAGAAACCCUACGUGUGUGCCAUCUGUGGGAAGCGCUUGAGCCGCCUGCAGCAUCUCAAACACCACCAGCUCAUCCACACUGGAGAGAGGCCAUGCUGCUGUCCCUUCUGCAACCGCAGCUUCAAAGAGCCCGCGGCUCUGCGGAAACACAUUCGCACCCACCGCGACGAAGGUGGCCACAUGGGAGUAGGUGCCAGUGACGACACGGACCCGGACGCCAUGGAUGAUAUUAACAACCUCCACCCAGCAGCUCCAUCCCCCCAGAUGAGGUUUGGCGAGUGGGUAGCAGAGGAAGACGACAGCUCAGUGGUGGACUGUGUGUAGGGAGGAUUUAAGCAGUCACUGUCAGUCGGCACUCUUACCAUAAGUUUAGAGCGAGAUGGAUAAGAUUAUCUCUGGUUAGAAUUAAGCCUGAUUUAUACCACGGAUUUGACAAAACUUAACAUGUUCCACAAUGUUUUCAAAUUGCUCUGGUGAAAGGUUUCAUCUACAAGUAACCACAUGCCUUCAUCCGCUCUUUCAGUUGCACACUGUACACGUAUCAUCCCAAACGGUACUGUCAGCUUGUUUAUUUGUAUUCCUAUGUGUGUUAUUGUUCUCCUCGAUUUGAUAGUGGAUGGAUUUGAUUAAGUUGUUGAUAAAACUGAUGAGGAAGGGAUAUUGAAUAGUAUUGAACUGAGGGGCGCAAAAGGGAGAAGAUGUAUUGGUCUGGCAUUUGAGGAUGAAAUGACUUAAUCUGUCAUACUGUGCAACGAGGUAUCACGAUGUGUGCGUGGGGCAAGAUGAGAGGAAAGUGUAGAGUGAGACUACUUUCUGGCUAUUUGUGUCCUGUGAUGGAGUAUAAUUCAGGCUACUUAUAACUCUGGCCUUUGUAAAGGUUAGUUAGUAAGUGCUGGUUGAUCCUUUAUUUCUUUUACCCAGUCAAAUUGUAAUCAGAUUUUGUGUGUUUGUGAUUGGACGUAAACUGUUGGCCCUAACUGAAACACAGCCAAAGUUGACAGACACCCUCUAGUGGACAUUACCAUUUCACUCAGCCAGAGCAACAAAUUAAUAUUCAUCAGUUAGUUCCGUCUUUUUCAUUCUCAUGCUGACCAAGAAACACAAAUAGUUACGAUAUAACCAUAAUCCAACAUGAUAACUGGCUCCCAUGAUAUGAUAUGGACUUUAAAUUGUGUCCCAACUCUACCUCAGUAUCAUUAUCUAUGAUUAUUAGAACACAAAUGAAAAUGGGCAUUUUUACAGCAGCCAUUUUGCACAGUUGCAACUGAGGAAGGUAAAUGAACCUCAGCCGUCAUUAAUCUCAUUAUUUACACCUGUGAUUUUCUUUACCUGUCAAAAUGGCUGCUGUGAAAAGGAGCCAUUAAUUCCCAGUUGACCCAUUUGGUCAUAUUUUAUUUUAGCUCAUCCUCUUUGCUCAUGCUCUGUUUCACCUCCUCCUGUCACUCAGCAGAGCCUCAGCAGUCACACAGUCCUCACGUUUCACCAAGCUGAAGUGUCACGUAUGACGAGGGAGAGC